AUGCAAAAACUUCUGGAACAACAAAUAUACCAGAGCAAAAUACUGGAAGCCCAUCAACAUUUAAUACUGAAAAUUCACCUGCUGGAGACUGCCACUUGUAAUGUUACAGAGACUCCAAAACAGAAAAAGAAAACUACAUCAUCCUUUGAAAGUGAAAUUUUGAAGGCCAUCAAAAAUGAGUCCGGAAUGGACGAGGAUAAAAUAUUCUGUUUAUCAUUGGUUCAAUCACUAAAAAAGAUGGAUGAUGAUAGCAAAGUGUUUGCUAAAAUAGAAAUAUUAAAAGUACUUCGCACUUUCACAAACAGGACGCAAAAUAGCCAGCCAGUCAGACAGCCUAACCAAUCACCGUUUAACAGAACAAACAUUGAACCAUAUUUCAGUUACUUACUACUAGUAGAACUUUGUUCUAACUUUUCAGCUCAAACAACACCCAUAAUUCAUACCAACUUACAACCAACAUCAGCUCAAACUCGUAAUAUGUAUCAGCAGCACUCACAGUCGGAAAACUCGUUCAUUUAUACUCAGACCCCACAGCAGCAGUACUCACAGACAAUGUUCACUCAAGCCAGUAAUAUAUAUCAGCAGCAGCAUUUAGAGUCACAACCAACUCUGUCCUUGCAUCAUCCUCAUCCGAUCCCGUACAUCCAUCAAAAGUUAUUAAGAUUUUAG